UCGCAAUACAAAAAAACUACGAAUGCAAAAACAUAUCCACAUGGCCACCAUACCCCUCAAUAGUCGACGGAAAAACUAUUCGUUAUUAUUCCGAAAGCUACGGCAUCUUUCAGAUUAACCUGUCCAUCAAUCACCACCGACGAGAGUGGAAAAGAAUGCGGAGAAUCCAUGCAGACCCGCUACUACUAGCAUUGGAUAAAGUACACCCUGAAACCGUGAACCCGCUAUACCGACGCCCAUAGACGGGCUAAGCCUUGCCAGAAAUGCUUAUUUGCCGUCUCUGGAAUUUCUCCGAGACUACGGAAGCUUUAAUGUGGUGUCGAAUUUCGCGUUCGACCGAGCGCGUGUUUAUAUAUCUCUGUUGAUAAGUAGUUUGGUGAUAUCCGCAUUGGUUUUGUUUUAUUUUACAUCUUGCAUGAUAUUUGUGCCGUCUUAAAAUUUGGUUAACAUGAAGGUCUCAACUGUAUUUGCGUUGUUGGGUUCGGCAUCUUUUGCCCUCGCUGCUCCUACUUCGGUGAUUCAGAAACGCGCCGAUUACUGCGGGCAAUGGGACUCUGCUGUGUCUGGCGAUUACACCAUAUACAAUAAUCUCUGGGGCCGCGACGCCGCAACUUCCGGAUCUCAGUGUACAGGUGUCGAUGGAAUCUCCGGAACGACACUGAAAUGGCACACGAAAUGGUCGUGGGCCGGCGGACCUUAUAGCGUGAAAUCGUACGCCAACGUCGUGACCAAGAUCUCGCAAAAGGCGUUGUCUGCAAUCACAUCGUUGCCAUCAACAUGGACGUGGACGUACACCGGGUCAAACAUGAUUGCGAACGUUGCAUAUGAUUUAUUCACUUCCAGCACGGCGUCCGGAGACGCAGAGUACGAGAUCAUGAUUUGGCUUGCAGCUCUUGGAGGUGCUGGACCAAUCUCCGCAACUGGUCAGCCAAUCGCAACAGUUACUCUUGCUGGAAAAUCAUGGAAAUUGUACAACGGAAAGAACGGGAACAUGAAUGUGUUUAGCUUUGUCGCUACCAGCCAGGUUUCGAGUUUCAGUGGUGAUUUGAUGGAGUUUGUGAAAUAUUUGACAAGCCAACAGGGGAUGCCGUCUAGCCAAAUUCUCACGAGUGCCGGUGCAGGGACUGAGCCAUUCACGGGGAGCAACGCAGUGUUCACUACGACUGCGUAUAGCUUGAGCCAGAAGUAG